UUGUAAACAGGGGGCGUGGCUGCGCCGCGAUUGGCUAGUGCCGCUCUGGCGGAAACGGCGGUGGCCGCGGGGCCGGUGUCAGGUGAUCCAAGCUUGAGCAGCGCUGAGCCGGAGUGUGUGGGGCCCGUGUCUGUGCACCAGUGCCCGGCUUAGACCGCUGUCCCGGCCCGGCUCAGCUCAUGGACGAGACGAGUCCCUUGGUGUCUCCUGAGCGUGGCCCAGCCCCGGGGUAUGGGCUGCCUGGGGGAGCCGUAAGGUCCCCUUCCUGCUCCGCCGCCCCCAGCGUUCCUUCCGGACCUUGCCCCUGUCCCUCCCCGCCGGGGUCUCCCGCAGGUGGCCGCGACCGUGAGCGCCAGCCCUUGCUGGAUCGGGGUGGGGGCGCAGAGCGCGGGGCGCGGGGGGUUGCAGGAACUGGCGGGGUGGCCCAGGCUCAGGCUCAAGCUGGGUCGGGGUCCGGGUCAGGGACUGCUGUGACCCGCGGGGAGCGGGAGCCCCGCAACGACUUCCCUGAUGACCCGGAAUUCGCUGAGGUGGUGCGGCUGGCAGAAUUGGCAAGCGAGCGCGGCAUCUACCCCGAGCGCAUCUCCCAAGGCUCUAGUGGCAGCUAUUUCGUCAAGGACCCACAAGGGAAAAUCAUUGGUGUGUUCAAACCCAAGAAUGAAGAGCCUUAUGGGCAGCUGAACCCAAAGUGGACCAAAUGGCUACAGAAACUGUGCUGCCCUUGCUGUUUUGGGAGAGACUGCCUUGUCCUCAACCAGGGAUAUCUAUCUGAGGCUGGUGCUAGUCUUGUGGACCAGAAGCUGGAACUGAACAUUGUUCCCCGUACAAAGGUGGUAUACUUGGCUAGUGAAACAUUCAAUUACAGCGCCAUUGAUCGAGUGAAGUCCCGGGGCAAACGCCUGGCUCUGGAGAAAGUGCCAAAAGUUGGACAGAGAUUUCACCGAAUUGGUCUUCCUCCAAAGGUGGGCUCUUUCCAGCUGUUUGUGGAAUGUUACAAAGAUGCAGAUUACUGGCUGCGGCGCUUUGAGGCUGAGCCACUCCCAGAGAAUACUAACCGCCAACUGCUGCUGCAAUUUGAGAGGCUGGUGGUGCUGGACUAUAUAAUUCGCAAUACUGACCGGGGUAAUGACAACUGGCUGAUCAAGUAUGAUUGCCCCUUGGAUAGCACAAGCAUGCGGGACUCAGAAUGGGUAGUGGUGAAGGAGCCAAUCAUUAAAUUGGCUGCCAUUGACAAUGGCCUGGCUUUUCCCCUCAAGCAUCCAGACUCUUGGCGAGCCUACCCUUUUUAUUGGGCAUGGCUACCACAGGCCAAGAUGCCCUUCUCGCCGGAGAUCAAGGAGUUGAUCUUGCCAAAGAUUUCUGACCCUAAUUUUGUUAAGGAUCUGGAAGAAGAUCUCUAUGAACUUUUCAAGAAGGAUCCUGGUUUUGACAGGGGCCAGUUUCACAAGCAGAUUGCUGUCAUGCGUGGCCAGAUCCUGAACUUGACACAGGCCUUGAAAGAUGGGAAGAGCCCACUUCAUCUGGUCCAGAUGCCCCCUGUCAUCGUAGAAACUGCUCGCUCUCACCAGCGCUCGGCCAGCGAGUCAUACACGCAAAGCUUCCAGAGCCGCAAGCCUUUCUUUUCUUGGUGGUAGCAGCUGAAACCUUGUUCAAUGAGGAACUUAUGGGAGAGUGCUGCUUGACAGCGGGCAGUUGAUCCUCCAGACCAAGACAGCUGUGCUGUAGCCAGUGGGAGAUGUAUGCCAGAGCUCCCGUCAGCCCUGACUUGGAACAUUCCCAGCAGGAGUGGAGGGGGUCUUUUUUAGACCGAUUCCUACUCUCUCCUCACUGUGGGUUGGACAUACCUCCUUCCCGGCCUGGGCUUGGCAGCCUCUCUGAGCAGGUGCCUGCAUGCAGCACUUUUUGGCUCCUAGGUACUCCCUUCUUAAGUCCUUUGCCUGGGAAAGUUGGAGGCAAGGGGAGCAUCUCAGUUGGAGGAAAGUGCUAUUGCUCUGUGUGAAGCUGCCAGCCUUGAUAUUCUUCCCUCUCUUACUGUAUCCUCUUGCUUACUCUGCUCAAGAAGGCAGGCACCUCCUGCCCAGUUGGUCUCGCUCUGCUAUUCUUGGCCCCCUACAGGUCCUGCUCCUAGUGUUACUUGUAUUAGUACUCUUUUGGGGCCAUCUGUAUGGAACAAGGCUAUAACUGGCUGCUACUGGAGGAAUUCAGGUUAGGGGGGAGAGAAGGAUUGGACCUGUACCUCUUGUGACUGCUAAAUGCUUGGGGGCACAGGCUACUGUAAGGGAGCCUGCAGGUGGGACAGCCACCACUGUGCUUUGCUUUCUCCAUACAACAAGAGACUCAGUGCUUCACCAGUAGAUUUUAAUUUAGUUUUAAAUAAUUUGGUCCAUGUGCACACUCUCAAGUGCUCCACUCUGUCCUACAGCAAGUGAGAGGGAGGUUAAUCUAAUCUUUCAUACUCACCAACUUUCAUACCCUAAAGUAAUUUUAAUAGCUAGCUCUUCUCUUUAGACAAGUAGGGUGUUUGUAAGAGAAAGACCAGUUCAUUGCCUGAGACUGUUCUUUCAAUUCCUAUGGGAUGGGAAAGAGAAAAAUACCUUCCCCAGUCUAGGUUUGAGCGCUGACAAUCGUGGGAAAGAUGCUCUGCCCCAGGACCAGCAGAUAAUCUGAGGUUAAGAUUACUAUCAUUUUGAGACUGUGCCAGGUGUAUAACUGAAUGAUAUGAUGAAUGCUGCUUCUCUAUAGGCUACUGUGCUAACGCCAUGGCAACAGAAACUUCCCAUUGGAAACUGUCAAUAUAAGCAUCCUGGCUUCUCCUUGGGUGCUGCUCCCUAAACUGUAGCCCAGGACUGCAAGGAGAGGCCAUGUGCCAAGUUGAGCCCAGCUUCCUUCCUCUUCUAAGCAGAGGGUCUGGUACCCCGUAGGUGGGGUCUGCCAUUUUCCUCAUGGUCCUGGCUGGAGUGUAGGCUUCCUGCCCACUAUGCCAGGCUGAAGCUACUGCACUUUGCACUAGGGGAUACUUUUCAUUCUGUCAGCCUGAACUGAAAUGUAUCAUUCUUAUGCACUGUAGAAAUGUGUGUAAUAUAUUUAAAUCAAUGCAAGUAUCUUCAUAACAGGUCUGCAGUUGCA